AUGCAACUUUCCACUCUUUUCCUCAGCAUCGCCAUGCUCCAAGGCGCUAUCGCGACUCCCGUCGUUGAAUCAGCUGCCGAAGUUGAGACUCGCGAUCUUGCGCCCAGAGCUCCUGCUCUCGGAGAUCUUCCCUGGCCCAAGUUGCCAACACUAAAGAAAGGGGCCAAGAAGGGUGGCAAGGGAGGCAGCGACUGCGCUUCUUCAGAUCCCCCAGAGAACCAGCAAACCACCGCCUGUUCCUCUGGAACGCAGUUCUGCUGCACUACUGACGGCUCUGGCACUCAAACAUGCUCAAACUCUGAGGUUUGUAACGCAAAGAUCAUUUGCUGCAACAACAACAACGGCUUCCAAAUGUGCAUCGGUGAGAUUGACUUUAACGCGCCUGUCACUAUCAAUAUCAACAUCUACAAGGGCGGAAAGGGCAAGGGUGGUGGUAAGGGCAAGUCCUACAAGGCUUAG